UGGGAAAGCCAUCCCGGCCUUUUAAUUGCGGCAAUUUUGGAGGAUUUAGUAUUGGUAUCGGAGGUUAAGCGGAGGGGGAGAAAUACAUCGGUUGUUUUGUAUAUAUUGUUCUGCUAAGUGGGAUUUUAGGCAUUCCACCCCCUCCAAACCCACUUUUCAUUUACUCUGCAUGGCAGAUGGCUACUGUUUUCUGAAUAAACUAUCCAAACCAGAAAUUGGAAUUCUUAUCAAAAUGUUUUCGGGUUCAUCUUCAUCUGCCCCAGCAAAAAACACUUCUACUGUUGCAUUUGAUAUUCACAAUAUCUGCCAUCGACUAACUAGAAGAUCACAGGGAUUUUAUACCAAAGAUGCUGGAACUGUUUAUAGGAAAAACAUGGGUCUCUUGAGGAACCUAAUAUGCCAGGAGACAACAACAUUCAAGAAUGUUUGGACUAUACAUUCUUUAUCUCCAAUUUCUUAUCACAGUGGAAAAAUUUAUCUUGAUAAUUACCGGCAUUGUGUGAGCUGACAGGCAUCCAGCAAUCUGUACUGUACUUUCUUGCUAUAUUCAAAGUUUGGCCACUUUCAUUUGUGGGUAUGCUGGAGCUUGACAAAAAGAUCUUUGGAAAUAGCAUGGCAGAUGUUUCAGUAUCUCAUGAAAUGCUGAUUGUAACGCACAGCACAGGUUAUGUCAGAUUGUAUAGCUUCCAGGCAAUCUCUGAACGGUUCAUGGAACACCCGGUGGAUUUGGGACAGGAAUACAGCUGGAAUGGCAACGUUGGGAUUGUGGGAAAAUAUCCUUUUGGCAUUCCAUGUAACAUUAAAAUAACAGACACUCCAGAUCUUCUUUUUGAAGUCUCAUCUCUCGAGAGCGCAUUUCAGAUUGGAGGAUAUCCUUGGCAUUAUAUCAUUACACCUAACAAGAGAAGUCAAGAAGGAAUCUUCCAUGUUUGUUCUUUAAAAGACCACACUUUGGCAAAGAAUGGCAUACAGGAUAUGAAAUGUUGUUCGCUGGAACCUGACAGGAUAUCUUUCCACCCUGACAGUUCAGGAAGGAUGCUACACGUGGGCCCAAAUUUAAUUAAAGUUCUGAAGUUGAAGGAAACUGAAAGUACCAAGCAGCAAGAAGUCACAGAGGAUUUUAUCAUAGAAGCCAACAGGGAAAAUAAGGUGAACAACUCUGUAACAGUAACAGCAUCUGGCCGAAUAGUGAAGAAGCGUUUUAAAUUAUUGGAUGAUGAUCCUGAGCAAGAGACCUUCAAAAUUGUCGACUAUGAAGAUGAACUGAACUUGCUAUCUGUUGUGGCUGUUACUCAGAUAGGAGCUGAUGGGGCAGCUCAUCUUGAUUUCCAUUGUAACGAGCAAGGUAUUCGGUUGAAGAGUUUUCCUUUUGUGGAACCCUGGGAUGUGAUAGACAACCAUGAAGUUCACUUUGAUAGACAUACAGUGCUGCACAUACAACAACAGCGCCACAGGAAAUUCAGCUGUCACGUAUACCAGAUGACCUGCAAUAUUGCAAAAGAUGACUAUGUAUAGAAAGGAAAAAGAAGAGGAUGUGCUUGGUCGAAAACUGAGGGGGGGGAUGCUGAAUAUUUUUAGAUUUCACCUUGAUUUGGAGACUUUGUUGUGGGCAGUAUCUGAAGACGUGCAAGUCUCUUUUUAUGCAAUGCAAUAGUAGUAACUAUUCUUCUUUGUAUAAAUGUAAUUCUUUUUUAACUGCUUCUCAGCCUUUGGGAUAAGAUCAAAUGUACUGUAGUAUAAAUUACUUUUAAAUAUUUAUUUUAAAAAACACUCAAACGGCAAAAUUGUAAAUUGCCACAGAUGUGUAUAUAUACUCAAUUUUUUCUAAAAUACAGCUCUUUUGUAUUAAUAUUGGUUGAAGAAUUGUGCAGAAUGCAAAUUCAAACUACAUUUUUGCUGUCAUUAAAAAAAAUGGAAUUUAAA